CUGGGGAGCUGCUCAACCAAUGUGCAGCUACAAAACUAAGCUUGUGUCUCAUGUGGUUUCAUAUUUCUGCAUUUGGAGAUCAAACAAAGGAGUCAAGCGAAGUAACUUGGAACAGAUGCAGCAGCGUUUAUGAGAAUCAACCUACGCUCACUGACUUUCAUCUGACAAAACACUCCGUCUGCAAUGAUGAAUGUGACCGGUGGCGACUGCAAUGCCCCCUCAGCAGAGUACCAGUACUACUUUUUUCCAACAGUCUACAUCCUCACUUUAGUUGUAGGUCUACCAGGAAAUCUGUAUGCCCUCUUUGUCUUCACCUUCAGGAUCACUCCCCGUACACCCUUCAGUGUUUACAUCAGCAAUCUCGCUCUGGCAGACAUCAUCAUCCUCUGCACAUUGCCCUUUAAGAUCCACUACCACCUAAACAGAAACAACUGGGUGUUUGGGGAUGUCACCUGCCGUGUCACUGGGAUUCUGUUCUUCGCUAAUAUCUACAUGAACAUCUGCUUCAUGACUUGUAUUUGUGUGGAUCGCUACAUGGCCACAGUGCACCCGCACAACUAUCUUAGUCUACGGAGCCCCUGGUGCUCCCUGGUUGUGAGUGUGGUGCUCUGGUGUGUAAUUGUAGUGGCUAUGCUGGUCUUUGUCCUCAUGGGACCCCUGGAAACCAAUGCAGACGGAUCUGGAAGCCACAGCUGCUUCGAGAAUUUCGCCAAGAAAGAGUGGAACAAACGCUUGGCGGUGUACAGCCUGCUGUGCCUGAUCUUUGGCUCCUUGUUGCCCUCCAUGAUCAUCCUGGUGUGUUACCCGCUGGCUGCGAGGCGCAUUUCCAUGAUAAGGACUAAAACAGCCCAAAAAGCAGUGAGGGUGAUUCACACCAUCCUGGCUAUAACGCUGCUCUGCUUCCUGCCCAACCAUGUGGUGUACCUGCUGCACCUCCUUCGACGGUUGGAGGUCAUCCAGAGCUGCUCCUUUGCCAACGCCAUCUACAACGCCAGGCGGGUCACUAUGGCGCUCGUCAUCCUCAACACAUGCCUGGACCCCGUGCUUUACUACGUCACCACCAACCACUGCAAAUGGAAGCAGUUAAAGAUGGCAUGGCUGUGGAGAAGAGUUCGGAGAAGGCAGCGUGUAUACACCAUUGCAGUGAGCUGAAGGG